CACAACAUAAGAAAAGUGAAGAAGAAGAAGACGAGGAAUUUGGUUAUGGAAUAUUUUUUGUGAUGGAAUUUGAGAGUCCGGACGUUGAGAAGGAGUUCCCUGGGUUGUACGCCUCCCAAGCGCGAACUGGGGAAGAUGUGGACGACGGUGAGGGUGGUAGGAGUGCACGUAGGCGUGAUAGGAAAAAGGAUAAAGGAUAUGCCACCUUGUCCGGGGAUAGUAGUCCGGAGAAGGAGCGCAAGAGGAAGGCAUUCAAAUUCACACCGAAAGUUCAUCACAUCUUCCCGUGGUGUCGACCACAGCCACCACCCCCGGCUGUGGGAAAUGAUGCCACAACCCCGCCCCUGCCUGAAGAUCCCGCAGAGGUGGCAGCUGAAUUGGAACGUCAGGAGAGACUUCUGGAGCAACUGCAUGAGGAUAUCAGGCGUGAAGGUUCAGUUGACAGGGAGGAACAACUGUGGGCUGUUCAGCGUACGGUGACACACUUAAAGCGCCGCCUCAGGCAAUCCAGGAUGCAGUGGAAUGCCGAUGUUCAUCUUCUCCUUCCGCACACAACCCAUCCAGAUGCCGAGGAAGUGGUUAAGCUGCAACUGGAGAAUAGACAUCUCAUGGCACUUGCUGAACGUCUCGUAGCACGACUGCGGGAUGCCACGGAGGAAGUGACAAGACUGGCAGGUGAAUCAAUACCCCCAGCUGCGGGGGAGGAAGACUCUCACGAUAUGGAAGCCCUCAUUGUGGAGAAUUGCAAACUCCUUGCAUCGAUAAAGGAGCUCGGGGAGAAGUUACAAGAAACUCAAAUGGAACUUGUUCAGUUGCAAGUUGAAGCCUCCAUUGAGGAGGCUCUUACCUCUGACUAGAACUUUAUUAUUAAUCUAUGAAAAAUAUAAAAAUUUUACUCACAAAAUAAAUCAUUAAAAAAAGCCAUUAAAAA